CUCAAAGUUACGCAUUAGAGCCGAGCUUCUUGUUAUCCCUAUCUCCUGACUCAAUGCUCCCAUGCCAAUCAUCAUAUCCGGGUGUAUCCCCCGCCUGAAGCCACUGGGUCAUGCCAUUAAGGCAGAGUCGCGUCGGCAAUUACUCAGUUCUCGCCAGACAUGGUGGAAGAGGCGAGACACACACUCUUUACUAAGGACUAAUAAUCCUGGUCAAGGUUUCUAUGGAACACUAGCUAAAGCAAAUACUAACAAUCAUCUGUUUGCCUACACGUGGUUUACGAAAACUCCAGGAUCAAUUACUCCAGAUGAUAUUCUUCCGAGCGUCCGAGUUCAAAUUCCAUCGGAUCAGCCCCAGCUUGCUCUCCUCCUCCUCACCCCCAGUUUUGCUGCAUGGGCCGAUUCAAAUAACGACUUUCUUGAACGAUGCGUGAACAAACUAUACAACACCCUUGACUCCCCCCGUCCGAGCUCUUUAUACGUAAUUGCGGCGGUUGUUGAUGGAUUGCCCGACGUUUCUGGUCAUACAAGAGAUACUGAGCUGGAACCAUUGGGCCUGGAGGGCAUUUCUCUUUUGCAUUUGAAACAAGCAGGUGUGCUGGGGAAAGCUAUCCAGCCUCGUCGCGCCAAAAGUCUUGGAACUGAACAGUCCGUUCUUGCGUUGUCAAUUGAAACGUCAAAUAAAGCUGGCGGUUCAAUACGUGGUGCAACUCAUGAGGUGGGACUGCGUCUCGCCAAUACCCUGUUUGUCAAUGGCAAGGAGCAUACACUUUUUGGAUCACACUGGGUUUAUAAUCACACUUCUCGGAAAUUUGAGAGGAGUGGUUCCGUCCACCUCACAAGCUGUCUAGUCAAAUUGACUGCAAACUGCAUCCGCAACUCCUUGGAGAUUCCACUACACCCUGUAUCCCAGCGAAGGAAGGUUGUCUCUUGCAUGGGUAACAUUUUACGCCAAGUAGCAAAGUCUGCUGAUAGCAGGUCAACUGAUCCAAUGCCUGCCUCAUCUGAGCUAGAAAAAGAACUUCCUCUCUACAUUGCAAGACAUGGAAUUGUUGAUCAGAGAGUCUCUGUUUGGGCACUGCUUGAAAAGCCAGACUGCGCUCUUCCCGAAGCGAAUGUCCAGAAAUCGCUCCAAGCAGGCGGUAGACUUCUUCGUGUCAUAAGCGGCGGAGGUGGAUGGGGAAAGAAACAGGGCCUACUGUCAUUGGAUCCAGAGACCUGCUUUCGGGAAAUCGCUGAUGCUGGUGGUCUGUCAGGUCUUCAUGAGUUGAUUCAUCCAGCUGAUACGUAUCCAGCGCCUAUUUCAUCUUAUCUAUUCGACAGGGAACCCGCAACCGACUCUCUACCUUUUCUCCCGCAGAUUAUUGAGCCAGGUGACUAUGUGCAGUUCUUCGUUUCAGUGGAGCCGAAACACGUGCAAGAUCGCCGCUCAAACCCACAAGAAGGGGAGACUGUGUUGAAUUUUGGGAUCAUACCCGAUGCCGAAGGAGUUAGGGCAGACGAUGCCGAAGAUAUACACCGGAAGGACCUUUUAGCCCUCCCGAACUACUUUGGGGCACUCUCCGAAAAGGCAAUUACAUAUCUGCAGCCUGUUGGGGUAGGGUCUACGGGCAAGGUGACGGAGGGUGCGACAAAGCUUGACGUGCCUGGUUCUCGAGUAGAAUUGGUGAUUGUAUAAGCCCCCCGCGAUCUUUGAUGCUGAGAUCUAAGUUCAGAUGUUCAAUUAUGUACCUGCACCCCGAUGAAUAUUGCCCUGCUCUACAAGCAGCAUCGAGAUCACAAUCCGUAGAAAUAUCCACGAAUGGUGCCUUAUGAAGCCUGAGGCAUAAAUACACGUGGCAUAGGCGCCGAUACUCCUUUUGGCAACUCCGUAACACCAAAACACCUUUUGGAUUC